GCGAGGCCCGGGGCGUGCUGUGCCCCAGAGGGCCCGGCCGGCGUAUCCGCCCGGGGAGCCUCGGGGCCGGUCCCCCCCGCUCGCAGCACAGGAGGAGCGGGACCAGCCCUCGGUGGGGCAGGGGCAGUGCCGGGUACCCCACGCCGCGCUGCCGCCGCAGCUGCAGGGGAGCGCGGCCGGGGCAGGUCGAGCUGCCGGCUGGGUGGCCGGAGCACACGGUGACACCCGCCGCGGGCACCGGCCCUGGCGGGGCUGCAGCACCGGGGCGCGGGGCCUGCGCGCAGCGACACAAACCGGGCAGGGGACGAACCCAGAGCCAGCGGCCGCCGGGCUCGGGCAAGGCUCAGCCCCCCGGGCUGGCCUGCUUGUCUGUGGAAGCCGAAAAAGGCCAGAGACUCCCAGAAACGUCAAGACAACAGGUCUCGGUAUCCUGGGAUCUUCCAUGGUGGCGAUGAGAACAAGAAAGUCAUCACCCGAAAGAUCAUUCCAAAACCACGUGGCUUUGAAGUGGGGUGCGGCUGGCUGAAGAGCUUGCUCCUCCACAGAAAGGCAUUUUGGGGAAUUUACUGGUGAUGGCCAGGAAUGAGCAAUCAAAAGGCACCAGGCCCAGACAGGGCCACCGGCCUCAUCAAAAGGAGUGGUGAGGAGAACUCGGAAAGCUGAUUCCUUCACUGUACACACAGCAGCAGUUUUGUGUAACCCGAGGAUGGAGGCGAUGAAUCACGGAAUUGCUGAAACCCUCUGCACAAGGAAUUGCUUAAGGAAAGGCAGCAAAGCAGUGCAGCAUGCCACCUGAGACACCAGGAACAAGAAAAUGAGCUGUAGUAGAUGUAACGACCAGAAGGAGACCUUCCCUUCACCCAGCCUGGCAGCAGCGUGCCAGGGUGCGGGGGACAGGCAGCUCCAGCCCCAGCUGUUGUCACACUGAUAGUGUCUCUCUGUGAUGCUGCAUUAACAUCCACAAACUGGGAGUUGCAUCUUCUAGCCAUACAGUUACAUUGCCUUUCUGAAACCCUCCCUGAAAUUCAACACAGGCAGAGAAAUCCCCAGGGAAGAAAAAAAUCCCUGACAGAUCUUUCCAAAUGCCUGGUACUUUCCACUUGCUGACAAGGAGUGUUACUAUUUUGGUGUAGGCACAGCCACCACCUGCCAAAGGAGCACAGGGCAAGUGAUGUGAGUUCCUUGGCCAGGCAAACUAGCCAGCUUGCCAAGGAAGCUGACCUUGGGUGAAAAAGUGCCUUUUGCAGCUUUGAGCUUAGCACACACUGGAUGGGAAUUUGUCCUGUCCCCAUCCUAAAUGGGACACAGGCAUCUUGGGGUGGUCUGGAUACCAGUAUGACAGUCUUGUACCCCUCUGCAUUACUUCCUGCAGGGUGCUCAGCACCCAGUCAGCUCUGAGGCACAACAAACCCGGAGCAUCUGGAAGCAAAGGUGUGUUUAGGCUGGUCCUGAGGGUGCAUUUAGGGCCCUGUCUUACACUGUCUUACCUCAUCCUUCCUAGGAAAGCGAGCAGCAUUGCUACUUAGACCAAAAUCCUUCCCAGCCUGCAGCCACAGGCAGCCGCAAGAGCCCUUGCUGCAGAGAAGCGAAGCAGAAGUGACUUGGGUGGUUGCUGCGUGGCAUGCUGCUUCCUGUGGCACAGCCAGCCCCGUGCUGCUCGGGAAGUCACGCAGUGGGAGCAAGGCAGUGCCUGGGAGCCUGCCUCCAGGUCCCCACUAGCCCCGACCCCGUCGAUCUAAUAAGCAGAAGCAGGACGGGCUGCAGAAGCUCCAACGGCAGCUGUAAGACACCUGCAGGCACCGAGGUCUCCCCCAGCUGGAGGCAGGGGAGGAUCAGGCGCAGGAGAGAGUUGAGCACUUGCAUAGCCUUUGGCACCUAAGCCCUGGAUUUGGCAGCAGCUAGAGGAAGCAGCUUUGGGGCGAGGAAACGUUUUGGUGUGAGCUGGCUGGUGAGUCACUGGACAAACGCACCCCUGCUUUGUGCUGCCACCCCCGGGAGAGGGACUUUCUGCAAGUGCUGGAGGUGAGCUUCUCCCUGGGAGCGUGGUGCAGCCCCGUGACGGUACAGAGAGGUUGUUCACCAUGAAUGUGGCUGUUCUCCCUGUCCUGUGGCUGUGGCUGUUGGAGGCAGAAGGCAGGUGCUUCUUCAAUCGCACUCAGGAGCACUGUGUGUGCUACAGCCUGUCCCAGGAAAGCCUAAGCAGCAUCAUCCGGUGCCUCCCAGCCUCUGUCGUGGAGUUUUACGGGGGAGAGCUGAAGACAUAUGUAGACUUCCCCAUCAGAAACCUGGACCCCUCCGCCAUUGACAUGCUGGGCUCCCUUGUCAUCAGGAAAAUAAUUGUUGGUGAUCUCCUGGUGCCUGAGGUACUCCUUGCCCAAGUCCUGAGGUUCUUCUCCUACACCCAGGUGCAAGAACUGGUGUUUGAGAACUGCAUUUUCGAUGGGAGAGGCAACUGGGAUAAAAUGGAUGGCCAGAACUUGCCCAUAUUGUCCCUGCACUUCGACAACGUGACAUCUGCCCCACUGACAGGCCGUGAGCAGGACUUCUCUAGUCUGAGCAGCUGGCUGGAGACCCUACAGGAGCUGGCUGUCACUGGGUCCCAUGUCACCAGCCUGCCCUGUGGCGUCGGAAGGGUGUUCAGAGCUCUGCGGUACCUGAACAUGGCACAAAACAGCCUUGGGGAUGAGAGCUUGAUGCCCGCCUUCUGUAAAGGGGCUUUCCCUCAGCUCCAGGUACUGAGUCUGCAACGCAAUAACCUAACGUCCUACCAUGGUGUGUGCAGAAGCAUUCAACUGCUGCAUGAGCUCCAGCAUCUAGAUCUCAGCCAGAACCAGCUCAUGGCAGACCUGUCUGCCUCUUGUCAGUGGCCAGUGUCCCUCCAAAUUUUUAACUUGUCCAACACUGGCUUGGAUGAAGUCCUCACACCUCUGCCUCCCAGUCUAGAAGUGUUGGACAUGAGCUGCAACCACCUCCAUGCUGUAGACAUCUCCCUCAGCUCCCUGAAGAAGCUAUUCCUGAGCCAAAACAUGCUGCAGGCUGCCCCCUCCAUCAGGAAUUGUCCCAUGUUGGACACCCUCCACCUAGACAAUAACUCGAUUAGAGAGCUGCCGUGGGAUGAGGUGAAGCUCUUGGGACAGCUGCGGGAUGUGGCUGUGGCUAACAAUCCCUACAACUGCUCAUGCUCCGGGGCCGGGGGGCUCCAGGCACUGGUGAGCAUGGGGCACCUUGGGCAGGGCUGGCCCCAGGACUACAUGUGUCACUCCCCACCUCACUACCAGGGCAGGCUGGUGAAGGACGUGCAGGUCUCGGUGCUGCAGUGUAACAGUGCUGCAGUGAUUGCCCCUGUAUGCAUUGCCCUUGCCCUGUUUGGUGUGGCUGGGGUCAUCUGCUUGCUCAGAUCCAGGCCCAGGCUCAUCCGGCCCUGAUGCAGAGUGUGAAGGGGACAUGUGACCAUUCCCACCAGGGCUUCCCCACAGGGGCUCAGCUCCAGGGGCUGCAAGGCCAGGAGUUCCAUGGGAAGUCUCACAAGACCCCUCAAGUGCUGGUGGGGAGCUCUCUCAGACCCCUCAGCCCAGACUCCCCUGUGGUGCAGGACUGUCUCCCAGCAUUAUCCCACGGUGGAUGUGGCUUUGCCCAUCCAAGUUUUGGGGAAACCCCCAAGCAAAGCCCCUUGCCAUACUCUGUCCCAUGACUGCACCCUCCCAGAGGGUUUUUCCUUAUGGCCAUCCAUGACUCCUCAAGCCUGAACACGCACCUAUUGCCCCUGUGAAUCAUCUGCCCUGGACAGGAGGAGUUCAGCUCUAUCAUAUUUGCACCACUGCAGGCAGCACUCAGAUGCCCCAAGCCUGACUGGGGUCUGGUGGUCCCCAUCCAGAGCACCCCGCAGCCUUGUAUCCCUGUGCCCCCAAGCCCAGACACCCUUGCAGCCUCCACAGCCUCUCUGCUGACCCUCCACCUAUCCUCACCUGGGGCCAUGGGUGGGGAGGAUGUCUGGUUUGCAAGGGUGUUUGCCUAACAGCUAUUCAGCAUAAGAGAACACCCACAAAAGACAGGAACAAGAAUAAAUGAAACACCCCCGUACACAAAUGCUAAUGAGCGGGAGGUAACAGAGGCAGCAACCAAGACCUGAGCUCUCAAGGCACUGGCGGAUGAACUCCCCAAGUGUGACCUUGAAGAGGUUUAGCUAGAAACUUCUUAAGUGAUAAGAAGAAAAGGUUUUUUUUGCAUUUCAGGUGAUUCAGGAAAUGUCUCAUAGGAAAGAGAGCAUUGAUUAUGUGAUGCUGAGGGAGAUCGGGGGCAUGCAAACCUUACUGGGGAAUGCUUACAGGAAGGAUCAAAGGGAGGAUCACAGUGGGUGGGUGGGGAAGGAACAAGCAUGGGAAAACAGGGAUGGGGGAGAAGGGGGCUGGUCAUAGGUAGGCAAUGCUUGCCUGGCCAAGCCCUGCACUUUGUCCCCAUGGUCUGUCCUGCCUUCUCAUUAAAAUCUAUUCCUGGGUA